AUGAAAGACCAAAAGAUGUUCAGCAGUGAAGUCGAACUGGGCAAGUUUCUUGGCAGCACAGAUGUCAUUCAAGAUGCUUAUCGACCAAAUUCCCAAACUUCUUCCACUCAUCAGCUUCACCCGACUCGUUCUGGAUUCAAUGUUUUGGCUUUCAACUCUUUGUGUGAUUAUACAAUUUUAAUUAAUAAUAGUGCGUUGGAUCUGGUUUCACCAGAAAACCACAAAGACUUGCACUUCCUAUCCACAAAAGUCAACCCCGAUUUCUCCAUUAACAAAGCUGCUAUUGAGCUUUUUGAGCAACAUUUUGACGAGCUUUUGGAGCUCCUAAAACAGCAUAAAGAGAGUCCAUUGGUCGUCACUGGACAUGGUUUAAAAACUGCCAAACGCCCUAUUUGCAUAACUUUCGGUGCUCCUCUUCUUGGUGAUGAAACUCUCCGACGUGCUAUCUGUGAACGCCCACAAUGGAAUUCAUGUUUCCUAAAUGUGGUUGCAAAUACGGAUACUCUUGCUAGUGUUUACUCAUCGAAGACUUUAUACAAGCCUUUCGGUACUUUCCUGUUUUGCACAGAAUCCGGUGGGCACACCGCUUUUGAAGAUCAAGAGACAAUCCUGGCAGUUCUAGAUGACAUUGCGUCAUCAAAUGGUGGAAAUACCCAAAUGCAUGAUUAUACCAACGAUUUGGGUUUGAUCAGAAGGAAGAUAUUGUAUCGUGGACCUUCUAAAUUCGGUGGAUCCAACUUGAAUCCGUUGACAACCGAUAUCGUGUUGCAAUUUCAGGAAAUUGGUCUGUUAAAAGAUGAUUCACAAGAUCUGAUUGCCAAAACUAAAGAGAAACGUGCGAAGAUGAUCAAAACCAAGAGGAUGGUUAAUGCAUACGAGCCUACGAAGAAGCUAAACGAAAUGAAGAUAAGUUUGACAUACAUGGAAUGGUACAUGAAGGGCCAAAGGUCAAAAGGGGGUUAUUAUGAUAGUUUCAAGAAUGCUGAAACCAAAACCAUAGAAGAAAUCCGAAGCCAACAAGAAAUCAUCAGAAAUCAACGUAUCUUGAGUCAAUAUUGGAAGAAGACUAUUGAAGAAAAGGAGCUAAUGCCACAAAAAGAAGGUGCAGAGUUGCGUAAACGUUGGCUCUAUGGUGGAACUAACUACAGAAGGAUUGUUGAGCCACUAGACAUAGCUGAUUACUACAAAAAGGGCAACACGAACUACAUAGAUAGUAGACCAAACCACUAUGUGUUAUUAGAGAGGUGGUCGGAGGAUGACAAGAAGGAUCAAAAGCCAAGCGACAAAAAAACAAAGGCUGCUAGUCUUACUGAAGAUUCUUGCUUCUGGGCGCAUGUAGAGGAGGCCUUGAUUUCACUAAGAGACUUGAAGAACGGGGGCUUGGACGACAUUACUAUCAACCUCAAAACAACCAAUCUCAAGCGGUUUGAAGAAGAUGUUUUACGUGCAAUCAAAGAUUUCUCAUUGUCACCGAAAGUUUUCGUGCCAGGAAGCAGUUUGAUGAAGUGGUGA